UCAUUUCCUUCCUUCCUUCCUCGCAUCGUUCCUUCCUUGUUCCCUCGCUUCCGUCCUUUCUUUCUUCCUCAGUUCCUUCCUUCCUUGCUUCCUCACUUUCUUCCCUCCUCGCUUUCUCGUUUCCUCGUUUCCUUGCUUCCUUCCUUCCUUCUUUGCUUCCUUGCGCCCUUCCUUCCUCGGAAUCUUUCCUUCCUCACUUCCUACCUUGCUUCCUCGCUUCCUUCUUUCCUCGUUUCCCUCUUUCCUUCCUUGCUUUUUUCCUUCCUCGCUCCCUUCUUUCCCCCUUCUUUGCUUCCUCGCUUCCUUCACAAAUUUCUUCCUCACUUCCUUCCUUUCUUCCUUCCUUCCUUGCUUCAUUGCUUCUUUCCUUCCCUCCUUCCUUCCUUUUUUUCCUUCCUUGCUUACUUAUAUUACUCCCACCUUCACUUCUUCGAUUUACUUCCUCCAUCCCUUCUUUACUUGCUUGCUAACUCAAUUACUUACUUCGUUGCUUGUUUACUUCCUCACAUCCUUGCUUGCUUUCUUGAUUAUUUACAUUCUUUCAUAUGGCAGUGGAAAGACAAAUUUUGAUGAAAACCUGCAAACGAACAAACGAACGAGGAAAGAACGCAAGGAUGGACAGAAGAACAGCCGAAAAAACAAUGAAUGAACAAACGGACGGAUAGGCGGCCAAAAGAACGCAUGAAGGAAAGAUAGAAGAAAACAAUUUACAAAAGAUCGAACCCACGCACGCAAGAACGUAGUUACAAACGAACGCACGAAUGAACGCACGAACGAACGAACACACAAACGAACGCAAAAAGAACGAACAGACGAACGCACGCAUGAAUGGACGGUUGAACGAAAGCACGCACGGACGAACGG